GAACGCUGCUACGUCGUGCGAUGAGACAGGGAUGCUGCUUCUGCGUCUCCGUGUCCGAUUAUAAACAAGGGUCAUUGCACAUCAGACGGACAUCUGUACAUAUCGUCUGACUGCUCGAUGGUGAUCCCAUAAUAGCUUUAGAUCCACGGUGAGGUGAUUUGGGCUGAACAUGGACUCUAUUUCCCUGCUGGGCAGCAGCCCGGCCUGCAACAAAUUCAGUUUCCUGCCCAACGGGCUGAAGAACGGCUCCAAGGAGGGACCCAGCAAGCCAACUGUCGCCAUCAUCGGCACAGGCGAUUUUUCCAAAAGUCUGACCAUUCGACUGCUUCGUAGUGGCUUUCACGUGGUGGUGGGAAGCCGCCAUCCCAAGAGGGCAGCUGAAUCAUUCCCACACGUGGUAGACGUGACCCACCACGAGGAUGCUGUGGGCAAAGCCGACAUCAUUUUCUUGGCCAUACGUCGAGAACACUAUUCCUCCCUUUGGGACAUCAAACACCUGCUGGCGGGAAAAAUACUGGUGGACGUCAGCAACAACAGACGGUUGAACCAGUAUCCAGAGUCCAAUGCAGAAUACCUGGCUUCCCUCUUUCCAGAAUCCAUCGUGGUCAAAGGGUUCAACGUGAUCUCAUCGUGGGCCAUGCAGUCGGGCCCCAGAGACUCCAAUCGACAGGUCUACAUUUGCAGUAAUUCGGUGGAUGCCCGACGGCAAAUAAUCGAGAUGGCCCGUCAGCUCAACUUUAUCCCUGUGGAUAUGGGUGCCCUCUCCUCCUCCAAAGAGAUCGAGAACAUGCCACUGCAUCUCUUCACAGCCUGGAAAGGGCCCGUCUUGGCCGCAGUCGCCUUGUCCAUCUUCUUCUUCGCCUACUCUUUUGUCCGGGACAUUAUCCAUCCAUACAUGAAGACCAGACAGAGUUUUUUUUACAAGGUUCCUAUGGAGAUCGUGAACAGGACUCUGCCCGCGGUGGCCAUAGUUCUGUUAGCUCUGGUGUAUUUGGCAGGACAGCUGGCUGCCGUGUACCAGCUCGUCUAUGGGACCAAGUACCGGCGCUUCCCGCCCUGGUUGGAAGGCUGGCUGGAGAGCCGCAAACAGCUCGGUUUGCUCAGUUUCUUCUACGGCUGCGUGCACGUGCUGUACAGUCUCUGUCUUCCAAUGAGACGCUCGGAGAGAUACCUGGUGCUCAACAUGGCCUACCAACAGGUACAUGCAAACAUUGAGAACUCAUGGAAUGAAGAGGAGGUUUGGAGGGUGGAGAUGUACAUUUCCUUCGGCAUAAUGGGACUGGGGCUCCUUUCUCUGCUGGCCGUCACUUCGAUUCCAUCAAUCAACAGCGCCCUCAACUGGCGAGAGUUUAGCUUCAUCCAGUCCACUUUAGGUUACAUUGCCCUUCUCAUACUAACCUUCCACGCCCUGCUCUUCGGAUGGGAGCGGGCAUUUCAGGAGGAGUCCUACCGUUUCUACAUGCCGCCCAAUUUUGUUUUGGCGCUGGUGUUGCCUGUUACGGUGAUCAUUGGAAAAAUGCUGUUGCUGCUUCCCUGUGUGAGCCGGAAGCUGAAGCGGAUCAGACGCGGAUUAGACUCUUAUCAGACACGCACCAACCAUGAGAGACCAACUGCUGCCCACGUAUCACCUGAGAGGAUCACAAUCAUGUAAUGUCACUCAUGCCAAUCUAUUCAUCAUACCCUAAUAAUGCCUCAACUGCACACCGUUUGUUUGCAACCAUCAACUGACACUUCAGUUGCUUUCAUAAAAUGCCAUCAUUGGAUUAGACAUGGACUAUGAUAAAGGUUUGUUUGUUUGUGUGCUGUUUUUUCAUGAAUGGGGUUGGAAAUGCAUUUGACUAUUGGAUAAUUUGUGUUGGUCACGUGACCUCGAGGGCUGACUCUUUUAGGAGAAAGUUAUUGAAUGGGUGUUCUGUUUAAGAGCCCUGGAAGAAAUGUUAUUUACACAGUUUGCGUAGACCAAAACUCUGUGCCCUUUGUUCUAGAACUCAACCCUUAUGUUCCUUUAACUGUUUUCUGAUGCUUGUGCGUGAUGCAUCAAACAUUUUCCAAAGAGGUGUUCUUCGUAAUGUUUUGCGAACGCCUUCUCCACAACCACGGCAAAGUCCCAUUCAAGUCUGGCCUAAUUGUAAGCAUGAAACAUAGAAUAAACAAAAAAUUUAAUAAGAAUCUGGAUUUGGCUCCAUUUAAUAAGAUGUUUGAGGCCGUAUCGAGGUCUUCAAUAAUAUUGACUUUUGAUUGCAAACUUUAUCUCAGUUUGUGACAUUGUUGAGAUCUCUUCUGUUCGUGUGAUUUUUGGCUCUUUUUCUCAGGAGAAAUAUGAGAGUUGAGACUUAAGCAAACGUUUUCA